CCCCCCUCACCUCUUAUUGUUAUUACACCUCCACCCCUCUCCAUCUCCUUCUCUCUCUCUCGCUAGAGUCAAAGGGGGAGAGAGAGAGAGAGGAGAAGCGUUUUAGCUGCGAGGGGGUUAAUUGCGAGAUCUGGGCAUUGUGGUCCGGAUCGAAAUGGUGGGAGCUUUAAAUAUGAAACCCUAGAGCUUCGGCGGUUUCGAUCGCGCUGCUCUUGAGGGGAAUUGAUUGUGGGGGUUCGAAGUUAGGGUAAGGGUUAGGGCUUUUGUUCCCUUCGGGGGUUGGAGAUGGAGGAGAGUAAGAUGGGGAGUGAGGGAACGUUCCGUGCGAUCCUCGCCAUUUUGCAGUGGUGGGGAUUUAACGUCACCGUAAUCAUUAUGAACAAGUGGAUCUUCCAGAAACUAGACUUCAAGUUUCCUCUCACAGUGUCAUGUGUUCACUUCAUAUGCUCUUCUAUUGGAGCUUAUGUUGUUAUCAAAGUGCUCAAAUUGAAGCCACUAAUUGAGGUCGAUCCUGAGGACCGUUGGAGAAGGAUUUUUCCCAUGUCUUUUGUGUUCUGCAUCAACAUUGUUUUGGGAAACGUGAGCUUGCGCUACAUUCCAGUCUCCUUCAUGCAGACAAUUAAAUCAUUCACUCCAGCAACAACAGUUGUUCUUCAGUGGUUAGUGUGGAGAAAAUAUUUCGAGUGGCGCAUAUGGGCUUCUUUGGUACCGAUUGUUGGGGGAAUUCUUCUAACCUCUAUAACAGAGCUCAGCUUCAAUCUCUUUGGUUUUUGUGCUGCACUAUUUGGCUGCUUGGCGACAUCUACAAAGACUAUUCUAGCAGAGUCACUUCUUCAUGGUUAUAAAUUUGACAGUAUUAACACAGUAUACUACAUGGCACCCUUUGCAACCAUGAUACUCGCUGUGCCAGCCGUAUUAUUGGAAGGAAACGGAGUCACCAACUGGUUCUACACAUAUGAUUCUGUUUUUUCAUCACUAUUCAUCAUUUUCAGCUCAGGGGUGUUGGCAUUUUGUCUCAACUUCUCCAUCUUUUAUGUCAUACACUCAACGACUGCCGUCACCUUCAAUGUCGCGGGCAACCUCAAAGUUGCGGUAGCAAUAUUGGUGUCAUGGCUUAUUUUCCGGAACCCAAUAUCCGGUAUGAAUGCUAUUGGAUGCACGGUGACUCUUGUGGGAUGCACUUUCUACGGCUACGUAAGGCACCUCUUAUCGCAGCAGUCUUCAUCUUCUUCUUCCGUUCCCGGAACUCCAAGGACUCCCCGUACUCCUCGCACUCCUAGGAGCCCGGCAGAGAUGAUCCCUCUCGUAAGCGAUAAGCUAGAAAAGGUUUAGCUUUACACUGAUCAAUGUGUUCGUGGAACAUCUGAACAAAAUAUUUGCUGAAGCGACGAAGAAAAUAUCAAAAGGUCCUUUGCAGUUUUCGGUCCUUUAAAGCGCAGCGGGUUGCAACACGAGGAACGGUUGAAUUUUCGAAGUUCGAAUGUAGUUAAUCCAAUAGAUCAGAAAGGAGAGAGAUUGGUGUUUCUUGUUUUGUUAGUGUGUGUAUCUUGGCUUUUUGUUUCUGUUUAGUACAAAAUAUGUUAGACGAUAUUUUUUUACAUGUUUAUGCUGAUUAUUAUUACUUAUGUAACUGAUUUGCUUCUAUUUAAUACGAAACGUUACAUGAUGUUUUUCACA